AUGGUGACCAUCAAGAAGAUUCUUAUGCCUUGCGUCAGGACUGGAAACGGCUUCCAGGCUGUACCUGAGACAGGUGGCCAUGCUCUGGACACCCCACACCUGCCCCCGGAGCUGCCUCCAGGACUCCCAGCAAAUCUCAAUAUCACGUUCUUCAAUGGGAUAUUUAAAAAUGUGGAAAAUAUUGCUGAAAUUUUUGACUGUCUGGGCCCCCACUUCACCUGGCUGCAGGCUGUCUUCACCAACUUCCCUGCUCUGCUCCAGUUUGUGCGGGGGAUGAAAUGCGUGGCUGGCCUCUGCCCCCGGGACCUAGAAGACUAUGGCUGCGCCUGCAGGUUUGAGAUGGAGGGACUGCCCGUGGAUGAGACCGACAGCUGCUGCUUCCAGCACCGCAGGUGCUACGAGGAGGCAGCUGACGUGGACUGUCUGCAGGAUGCCGCCUCGCUUCCCACCGACGUGGACUGUGCCAGCGGGAGCGUCACCUGUGAGUCCCAGCACGCGUGUGAGCGCCGCCUGUGUGCCUGUGACAAGGCCGCCAUCGAGUGCUUGGCUGCCGCCAGCAUCAAUGCCUCCCUCAACCGCCUGGACGCCUCUCUCUGUCUGGCUCAGACUCCAGAGCCGACCAGCAAGAAAGAGCUGACCACACUUCCACCCAGAGGGGUCCCUGAGGAACCCGCGGACCCCAGCCUGAUGGCCCUCUCAGGAGAAGUGGCUGCGGAGACCAGGCCUGACAGACCCACCUGGAGGACAAGAGCAGAGCCAGGCCGAGGUCCAGAAGUCACGGAAGCUGCUGGAGCCACCUCCCCUCCGGGGUCUGCCGAGAUUGCUGUCACACCUAAGGAUGUCACCAUGGUCCCUGCUGGUGUUAAAGCUUUGGGGUUGGAUGUGCCAUCCCUCAAAAGUGGGCCUGAGGAGACAAAGGGACAAGCCUGUGACAGACUUACCUUCCUGCACCUGGGAAGUGGGGCGCACACACAGGGGAUGCUACAGCUUGGAGAGAUGCUCUUCUGCCUGACGUCCCGUUGCCCGGAGGAGUUUGAAUCGCAUGGCUGCUACUGUGGACGAGAGGGACGAGGCGACCCCAGGGAUGACCUGGACAGGUGCUGUCUGUCCCAUCACUGCUGUCUGGAGCAACUGAAGAGGCUGGGCUGUCUGCUGGAGGGGCCUCCUCGGUCACGGGCGGCGUGUGUGGACCAUGUGCCCAAGUGUGUGGGGCAGAGCCUCUGCGAGAAGCUGCUGUGUGGCUGUGACCAGACGGCAGCCGAGUGCAUGGCCGUGGCCUCCUUUAACCAAAGCCUCAAGUCCCCAGGUCACCAGGAGUGCCAGGGCCACCAUGUCCCCUGUGAGAACACCACGCCUGCAGGACCUCCAGCCUCUUCCCUGGGCUCCAGCUCCGAGGAGAACAGCGAGGAGGCCAUGCCCCCUGAGGAGGGCCUGAGAAGAACCAGGAGAUCUGUGAGGAGGUCACUUGGCCCCGUGGGUACCAGGCCACUCCAUGGUAGACAGCUUCCUGUCGGCAAGCGGGCACCCACACAGCCCUGCACCGUUUCCUUCACCUCGGGGGGACUCGGUCUCAGGUGUCCAGUGGGACAAUAG